UUUUUUUCUUGUCUACCCGCGGCGUAGUAAAGCCAAGCUCUUCGCUCGACUCCGAGUCAUUGUUCGCCAUCUUUUCACGCAGUUAACAUCGUCGGAGUGCUGCUCUCUGCCGGAUCAACUUGUGAAGAAAAAUCUUAAUUCCAAAAUCCAAAAAAUUCUCUUAAAUUAGAGAAUUUACAGUGCUAGAAUCAGUUGUAUUAUUCGAUUAGUGGAGUUUUAACUACUUUUAAACUAUCAAAAUGUCUGAAACCGAGAAGAAAGCAGAACAAUCUACCGGAGGAGAAACCGAGACCGACGGCCCAAAGCCUGAUGCUGAGCAUCAACGCAAGAUCAAUGUCGCUAACUUGCCGUGGGACGUAACUGAGCAGCAGUUGCGCGAUUUGUUCAGCGGUCAUGAGGUCGAGAAGGUGGAGAUCUACCAUUACCGCAAGUACACGCUGGCCUUGGUCCUGUUCAAGGACAAGGACACCGCUGCCGCGGCUCUGGCCGAAAAGGAGAACUCUAUGUUCCGCGAUCGCCGUCUUCGUAUGCACAUGGAAUUCACCUCAAUCCGCCAUAUCAAGCGUGAAGUCAUUGUUACCGUCGUUGAAGAUGAGAACAUGACCGAAGAGCAGCUGUGGGAUAAGGUUAAGGCAGCUGGCGUGGAACCGACUUCGGUGUUGAUCUUCUAUCCAUUGGGCUAUGUUACUUUGGAGAAGGAAUGCGACAAGGCCCCUAUUCUUGAGAAACUGAAGGCCGCUGGAUUCAAUGCGCAUGACUUGAACCAACGUGACCAGAACCAGCAUUUGGACAUCUGGCGUGCGGCCAAACUGUUCUUCCGUAACCGCAACCGUGUCCAGCUGUUGAACAUUCCCAACAAGUGGAUUGAAGAUAAGGAAGAGAUGAAGAAACAAUGCGCUGAAGGAGGUACCAUUACCGAAGCUGUUUCGAACAAUGUUACCCAAAAUCCCCAGAUGGCUUCCAACUAUGCCCGAAUCUUCUACGAAACUGAAGAGCAGGCCGUCAAGGCUGCAAAGGCUCUGAAUGGACGCGUUGUUGAUGGCAAGCGUAUCCAUGCUCUGCAUCUGGGAUCCGCAUUGAUGCCCAACUACAAGACCUCGGUCUACGUUACGUCUUUGGACAAGGGUGUUACUGAAGAGCAAGUUUAUGAUCAUUUCAAGCAGUUUGGCGAAAUUGAGUUCACCAACCGUCGCAACUGUGGAGAUGCUGCUAUCAUCUGCUACAAGAACGCUGCUUCCGCUGAGAAAGCGCUUGCAUGCACCACCUUCCCGGCGCCUACCGAAGAGAACAAGGAUGCUACCAAGGAGGUUGUUGUCAAGAAAUACGACGGACCAUUGGUCCUUCGUCCGGUUGCCCUGAAGCGUAAAUUGAAGGCCGGAGAAGAAGAGAAGGAUCAGGCCGAAAAGACCAAGGAGCAACAAAGUGUGCUCGGAAAGCUGAAGGCUUACCACCCGAUCUUUGUCGGCAACGUGCCACUGAAUUGCCCACCUUUGGAAUUGAAGCACUACUUUGCGCAGCACGGACCAAUCAAGUUCAUGUUCUCGCCGCAAAUCUUGGCUUACCGCAACAGCGCGCCUCACCCCGUGAAGACGUUCAUCAUCUACUACAUGAACCGUCCGAGCCAGCAGAAUGCCGUUCGCUUCUUCGACCACAAGUUCUUCGGUGGUCACCGUCUGCAUGUGCUGCCACUGCGCGGAACACAAAACAUGGAUGUCAAGAAGACCAUCAAGAUGACCAAGAUUCCAUUCAUGUCCGAGGAUGCGUUGUUCAAGAAGAUCAAGCCAUUCGUUGGCAAGAUCAACCGCAUCGUGAAGAAGUCGCGAUUGAUAGCUUACAUUGAGCUGGAAGACAGCGCCGACGUCGAGAAAAUGAUGAACGUUGAAACCCCUGACCAUCCUCUGCCAAAGGGUAAGAUGGAACAGCUCAAGACCCCAAUCAGCGCUCGUCUGUACAAUGAGGACGAUGUUCGUGUAUUGAACGGCAUCGCCAAGAUUGUCGCCAAGAACCCGGAUAUGCUGAAGAAGAACAUUCAGCCACCCAACAAGCGUCCACGCAUGGAGUUCGGUGGUCCAGGUUUUAAUCAAGGCCCUGGAGGCUUCGUUCCCAAUAACAAUAUGAACAAUCCAAAUGCUAUCCAAGAUUUGUUGCGUCUUGCGUUCAUGUCCGGCAAGAACGUUGGCGAGAGUCUGGCUUCUAACCAGAGCUCGUUCGGACCCGACCCACCAGUCGCCAAUUCCAACAACUUUGGUGACGGUGGUUUCGGUAACCGUAACCGCAAUAACCAAGGUGGUAAUCAAGGCAACUUCCGUGGUCAAGGAAGAAUGAACAUGAACCAGAAUCAGAACCGUGGCAACAAUGCCAACAAUUUCGGUGGCAACACAAAUGCCGGUGGUAACAACUUCCAAGCUUCCCCCGGAAAUCAAAACCGUGGUGGACAAAACAUGAAUCGUGGUAAUCAACAGAACCAGAACCGUGCUGGUGGUAACAUGAACCAAGGCAACAACAUGAAUCAGGCCGGCGGCGGAAAUGUUAAUCGCCCUCAGCAAAAUAAGCCAAUGAACAUGAAUACCGGUAACCAAAAUCAAAAUAGAAACAACCAGGUUGGUGGCGGCGGCAAUAUGAACCGCAACCAAAACCAAAAUAACCGCAACAACUUCGACAAUGACAAUUCCUUUGGCGGAGGAAACAACUUUGGCAACAACCGCAACAACAAUUUUUCCAAUGACAGUUUUGGUAGCAACGAUAAUAACUUUGGUGGUAACAAUAGUGGUAGUAACAACUUCUCGAAUGACAACAACUUCGGUGGUAAUAACCGUGGUAACAACUUCGGUGGUAACAAGCGCAACCAGAACGAUAACUUUAAUAACUCGUUCGGUAGCGGAAACAACAGCGGUGGAAACAAUCGCUUCAAUAACGAUGGAAACAAUUUCAAUAGCAAUUUUAACAACCGCAACCAAAACAAUCGUUUUGACAACGACAACGAUAACAAUUUUACUGGUAAUAAGGGUGGUAACAAUUUCGGCAACCGUCAAAACAAGCCCUUCAAUCAGGGAAACAAUCAGGGUGGCAACCAGGGAGGCGGUAUGUCCUUUGGUGAAUUUAACAACUCCAAUUCCUCCAACCGUAGUGGUGGAAACUUCGGUGGAAACAAUUCCGGUUUCAAUUCUGGCAACGCCGGAGGAAACAAGUGGAACAACAAUUCCCAGCAAUCCAAUACUGGCAGCCGCCUCGCUGGUAGCAUUUUUAGCCGACGCUUCUAAACAGCUAAAACCAAGAAAAGUUAAUUUUUACAAGCAAUUUGUGUCUUGUAUAUAAAAUCAUUAGCUUCCCUUAAUCCCACCGUUAACAGGGAUGACGGAAAUCUGUCUGGGAAGCGUACUCUUUCUAGGUUUAGGCAGAACAAACUAAUGUAACUUAAUUUUAAGUAAACCACAAACUUCUUAAACCAGAAAUAAACUUAUAACAGUGAGACGAAUGAAAAUAACCAUUUUGCCGUUCUUUUUACAACAUUUGACUACUUGAUUAAUGAAAAGACACAAAUUAUAAUCUCACAUCCAGCAAAAUAUCCAAUUCUUGAAAUGAAAAAUUCAAUGUUCAAUAAAAGAAAAAGGUAGAUCUAUAGCAGUACCAUUAAAAUAAAGUUUGCCAGGCCUGAUGGAACCCUGACAUCCACAGAAGUAUUUAUUAUUUUAUUUUAACAUUAAACAAAAAGCUUAGGAACCAUCGUAAGCUGCGAAGUAUUGUUCUAUUCGUUAUUGGAAAGGAAAAAGUUUGAUAGCAGCAUUCAACAUGAAAGAACAAGUUUAAAUUUCAUUCAAGAAAUAAACAUUUGAAAACGAUGUAACUCCACACUCACACAAAGUAGCGCAGUGUUAAUUGUUGUAUUGGCAGCAGUUAUGCAACAACUGAAAAAGUACUCAGAAACGCUGACGAACACAUCUUACUGCGGUUAGGCAUCCUAUCCCCCCAUAUAUUCACUUAGAUGAAUAAUGCUAAUAUGUAGAUCUCCUCGCGUUUCUGUGCGAUGGACAUGUAACUGUAAGAAUAUGAUUUUAGUGUAAAACUGAAAUAAAAUGUGCAACACUGAAGUAAAAUGAAUUUUAUAUUGUUCUUUUGAGUAUACAUAUAUAUCAAUUCCACCAAUAACUAAACAAAAAGCAUUUGACUAUAGUGUCCUUUGCUAACCUUUUUCGUGCUGAAGAACUGGCAGCACACUUGUAAAUUGAGCUAUGAAUUUAAAA